UAAAAAUUUAUUAUUACAAUAAUUUACCAUUUGUUGCAAUUGAUAAAAUUUAUCGAGUAUUAUUUCAAGACAAGUUAAAAUAUAAACAUAAAAUAAAGUACUUUUAGGGAAAAAUGGAUUAUUUUUUGAGGUUAAUGGACUAGUUUAUUUUGUUGCUUUUAGCGCUUUUUGUCGUUGCAAGAAUUAUUUAUUUACAUUGUUCCUUUUUUUUUGCAAAAAUGAAUAAUAUUAAAGCUAUAUUUAAAUUUGUUUGCAUUUUAAAAUUCUAAUCAAGUGUUGUAUUGAAAUUGUUUGCAACAUCUGGAUAAUUAAGUGAAGUGUGCAAAAAAAGAAAAAAUUAUUAUUGACAGUGCAAAAUGUGUUGAAUUAGAUAAACAACUGCUUCAUAUUUCAUACUAUGUAUACUGUGCAGUAUAGAUAAAAUAUUUGUAAAAUGAUAAAUUAUCCAAUUGAAUAUUGCAGUGUAUAAGAGAAAUAACGAAAUGAAAAAGAGGAGUGGUGUAAUUGUUGAUACGUUAUUUUAAUUUAUUUAAAUUAAAUUGCAAAAAAAAUAUCUAGUUUCGUAAAAAAAAUCUACAUUAUAGAAAUGGCAGACACUGUUAAUGAAAUUUCAGAUCCUCAAAGUAUUAAGUUACCACCUGCUGUUGAAGUUUUUGCAAAUUUAAAAAAUGCCCAAAAAUUUGCCAUUGACAUUGGUAUAUCGCUGACUAAAAUAGCUUAUUAUUCAACGGUUAAUUAUCGAAAGCCGCUUUACGAUUGUACAGAGCAGGAAAAUUCGGAGGAGAGAGCUUAUAAAGUGUUUGAAGGUUGUAGAUUGCAUUUUGUUAAAUUUGAAACGAGACACAUUGAAAAUUGUUUGGACUUUGUUAAAUCGAAUUUGGUGAAUAUUGAAAGAUUUCAUGGCAAGAGUAUUAAAGUAACGGGAGGUGGUGCUUUUAAAUACACACCGUUGCUUCAAGAAAAAUUGGGUUUACUAGUCGACAAAGUAGAUGAGAUUUGUUGUCUCAUAAAGGGAUGUAAUUUCUUACUGAAAAAUAUACCUUGUGAAUCUUUUCAAUUCGAGAGGCAUGCCAAUCCUGAAUAUCAUUUUCAAAAGACGACACCAAAUAUUUUUCCUUAUUUGCUGGUCAACAUUGGAAGUGGAGUUAGUGUUUUAAAAGUAGAAUCUGAAAAUGUAUUUGAAAGAGUCGGCGGCACUGCAACUGGUGGAGGAACAUUUUGGGGCCUAGGAUCAUUACUUACAAAAGCAAAGGGUUUUGACGAGUUACUACAAUUGGCGGAACGAGGUGAUCAUCGAAAUGUUGAUACGCUCGUUAAAGAUAUUUACGGCGGAGACUAUUCUUCGCAAUCUUUGCCAGGUGAUUUAAUAGCGUCUUCGUUUGGCAAAGCAAUGGGAUGCAAUAGAAACUUGAAGCCAAAAGAUUUCUCGGAAGCUGAUAUUGCGAGGAGUUUAUUAUUCACCAUCAGUAAUGACAUUGGACAAAUAGCUAGUCUCUAUGCACAGAUUCACAAUGUGAAUAGAAUUUAUUUCGGCGGUUAUUUUCUUCGCAAUCAUCCAUUGUCAAUGCAUGCCAUCUCCUACUCUCUUAAGUACUGGUCUAAUGAUAAAUUAAAACCACAUUUUUUACGGCACGAGGGUUAUUUAGGAGCUAUUGGCGCCUUUCUUUAUGGCACAGAACAAUCUGAUAAUUGCAGUUGGUUAGAAAAUUAUGCUGGAUCCUCUGGAUUUAAGGAUUCAGUUCUAACUACGCUGGGAAUUAAAGUUGAUCAGUUGGAGAUUGAUCAAGCUGAAAAUGUCGUUACAUUUUGUCCAUUGUUGAAAGAUCCGUCAACUUAUAAUCCAGAUACUACUGAUCUUGCUCAAGAUAAGGAAGCCAGAGAUUAUUGGCUUCAAUGUUUCGAAGAAUCGGUUGAUAAAUUUAUUGCGAAGGCCAUUCUUAGCCAACCUCACAGUUCUACAGCCACAGAAAGAGCGAGGAAAUUGAAAGAAAAAUAUGUAAAUAGGUUACACUAUUUACAUCUCAAACCAUUUGCAUAUGGAACUCUCACAGUUAGAACUUUACUCGACACUAUUGAACACUGUAUGAAGGAAUUUGAUUUUCCUGAUCCCUACUUACACCAAAAGAAAAAAGAAAACGACGAAGCUUUGAUGUUUUUGAAAAGUAGAAUAACAACUCUAGAUAAAUUAGAAGACGAGGAAAAAAUAAAGGCUUUAAUAUUAGGUGUACUCGGUGGAAAUAUGUUCGAUUGGGGAGCAAAGGAAGUGGCAAUUCUAAUGGAAUCAACUAAUUUUAGUUUUGAAGAAGCCCAAGCAAAAAUACCAGACAGACCCUGGUUGGAAGAUUGCUUAGAUGAAUGGAUCAUAAGAUUGAAGGAAGGACCUCCACAUAGAUGUGCAGCAAUAUUUGUCGACAACAGUGGCAUCGAUGUUAUUCUAGGAAUUUUACCGUUCGUGAGGGAUUUACUUCAGCGAGGAACAAAUGUAAUUUUAUGUGCCAAUUCAUUGCCCGCAUUAAAUGAUGUGACUUAUCCGGAAUUAGUGGUUACAUUACGAAACGCAGCAAAAAUUUGUAACGUUAUAAAAUGCGCUCUCAAGGAGAAUCGAUUAAUUGCCAUGGAGACUGCUCAGGCUGGUCCUUGCCUCGAUUUAAGUCGAUUGAAUUUGGACUUGUGUCUUGCAAUGGUGAAGCACAAUGUAGACCUCAUUGUUAUCGAAGGAAUGGGUAGAACCCUUCAUACGAAUUUAUACGCCAAAAUGAAGUGUGAGUGUUUAAAAUUGGCAGUGAUAAAAAAUCGAUGGCUUGCACUCAGAUUAGGUGGUGAUAUGUAUGCAGUUAUCUGUAAGUACGAAAAACCGUUUCCAAAACGAUCGUUUGACGAAGAAGUUAUGAAUAAGCAAAAUCAGGAAAAUUUCUGUCAAAUGAUUUGCGAGGAAAAUGAUAAUAAAAAAGCAGGUCAAGGAUCGUCUUUUAUUAUUCAACAAAGUGAUACAAAACAGAAAGAGAAUUUAGAAAAUGUCUAAUUACUGUUAUGAUGAAGAGAGUGACAUAACUCGCGGUUUAGUAUCAAUUUUGUUGUUCUUUUUACAUAGUUACAAAAGUAUUUUUUGUAUUGUACUUAAAAAAAAUCUUUUCCACCAAAAAUCCUCAAAUUUUCUUAAAAUAAAAAAUAGUGUUUAUUUUUCGUUGCACUGAAUGUUAAGAAACGUGUUAAUAUAAUUUUAAGUUAAAAAGAAACUUUCAUUUAAAGUUACUCUCUUAUCAUAGAAAGGCAUAAUAAUGCGAUUGAAAAUUAAAUUAUAUUGUUGAAAACAAAUUAAUAUUUUUAAAAUCACACAGAAAUAUCUUCAUAUACGUAUAUGCAAAUAUAAAACAAUAUUUUGAUGAAAUGCAGAGUCGAGAAGAAUUUAAGACUAAGUCUUAUUUUUAGUGAUCUAACAACUGCACAUAAAAUGUCAACGAUUAUAUUUGAAAUAAAAUUUUUAAAAUUAUAAAAGUUCGAAAGUUAAAUUUCUUGGAUUGAGUUCAACAUUUAACGAAGUUUAUUACUGUAGGUAUCAAGUAUUUUAUUUUAAGUUUAUUUCAAGUGAUAGUUAUAAUUUAGACUCUUUUAAUAAACUUUUAUGAAAGUGAUUAUUUGGGUAGUUUCAACGGAAUACAAUAAAUUAUACAUUAACUGAUACCUUAAUAUAUUUACAAUUUUGUUAGCAGUUUUAAAAACAAAAAUUUCUAAAUAUUUUUUAUGGUAAAAAGAAUUUUAACA